GUACAAGCAACGCGAAGUCUUGAAAAACUCUGCACGCGUGUUUAUAUGUUUUCCACUGUGUGUGUCUCUCCCCUUUGAGAAUUGAGAUGGCGGAGGCUGCAGUGAGUUUCUUGCUGGAGCAACUGAAGGGGGUGGUGACAGAGUACAAAGAGCUCAUCUCCGGAGCAGAAAAUGAGUUCGACCAGUUGAGCAAGGAGCUUGGUAUGCUCAAGGCUUUGCUCAAGCACCCGCCCAUGGCGAAGGAGCAGGAGCCGCCUCUAUUCAGAGAAAUGGAGAAGCAGAUAAUAGAGGUCAUCUACGAGGUUGAAGACACCAUUGAUACUUGCUUGUCCAAGGCUAUCGAGGCAAAGGCCAAGUCCAAGAAGCAUUCUUACAGAUCAACAAAAAGUAUCAGUCUCUUGAGAGAGGUGCAGUCCAUUAGAGAAGAAAAAGUGUCGCCGAUGUUGAAGAGAGCCGAGAUCAUGUCGUCUAUGAUGCAGAUCCGCGAUGGAUCCGGCGCCGUCGAUGAUCAACGGACUAAAUUGAAAAGGGAUAAACCAAUCAGGCAAAACAGAGUGGUAGGUUUCGAAGAUGAGGUAGAGACCAUAAAGGGCUAUCUCAUGCCAGAAACAGAAACGGCGCGGCUCGAUGUGAUCCCGAUCAUCGGUAUACCUGGACAAGGAAAGACAACAUUGGCAUGGGAGAUUUACCAGAACGAGAGCAUUCGUUACAAUUUCCCCAUUCGCAUUUGGGUUUACAUCUCUCAAAAGUUCAACAGCAGGGAUGUAUUCCUCCAAAUCCUCAAAAAAUUCACCACCAACCAACAAACGUCUGAUCUCAACGAUGACGAGCUGGCUUACACGGUGAAGGAGUGUUUGGAGGAGAAGAAAUUCUUGUUAGUCUUAGAUGAUGUAUGGAGUGUGGGUGCGUGGGAAGGAAUCAAACAAGUGUUGCCGCUGGAGAAUGGGAAGGGCAAGGUGCUCAUAACCAGUCGAGAGGAGGCCGUCGGGGUCGCCACUUGUGUUUAUAGAAAGGCGCACAAGCUGCGGUUCCUGACUAAGGCGGAAAGCUGGACGCUGCUGCAGUAUGAGGUGUUCGGUAGCUUGGAGGAAUGCCCCGAAGAACUGAGCGCCAUAGGGAAAAAUAUAGCCACCAAGUGUGAUGGAGUGCCGUUAACAAUAGUUGUGAUAGGAGGUAUUCUCCUGGACCAGCUAGGCAGGGGUGUGGCGAUGGAGGGCUGGGAGGAAGUGUCUACAAAUGUGAGUGAUGCCCUGCAGAAAGACGAGGCGGAGCGCAUAACCAGCGUUGUGAAAUUGAGUUACGACAGACUCCCCGAUGACCUGAGAAGCUGUUUUGUGUACCUGGGGGUGUUUCCUGAAGAUUACGAGAUUCCGGUUAGGGUGGUGUGUGGUUUAUGGAUUGCGGAAGGGUUUAUACAUCCCAAGUAUGGCAGGAACUUGGAGGCAACCGCACAAGAUAAUUUGAAUGAUCUCAUUAGGAGGAAUUUGGUGAAGGUGGACAAAACAAAUCCCAUGGGCAAAGUUAAAACAUUUCGUGUUCAUGACAUGAUUCGUGCCUUCUGCAUAAUCAUUUCUAAGAAGGAGAGUUUAUUUCAUGAGAUUAAAAAACCCAGGACCGGAGUCUCUGAGCUUGAUGAAGUGGAGAAGCUUCAUCGUCUUUGUUUCCAUUCCGAUCUCUCCAACUUUCUCUCCCAAGGCCCAGAAGGUCCGCUUGUGCGUUCGCUUCUGUGCUUCUACGAGCAGCCGGUCGAGCUGAAACCAGAAUACAUAUCAGUUAUACCGGAUGGCUUCCCUAAGCUGAGGAUUCUGGAGUCCAAGUCCGUCAAAUUUCACCAAUUUCCUGGAAAGGUUACCAAACUAAUUCAUCUGAGGUACCUCACACUCUCCAUUGAUAACCUCGCAACUCUUCCGGAACCAAUCUACCAGCUAUGGAACCUACAAACUCUUGUAGUGGAGACGAAGAUGCGUUCCAUUACAAUGAAGGCAAAUGUGUGGCGGAUGAUUCGGCUGAGGCACUUCAAGACUAAAGCGGCCAUAGUGCUCGACAACGAGUGGGAGGGCGAGGCGGGGCAGAACCUCCAAACACUGGAGAGGCUGUCGCCCGAAUCUUGCACAGAGGCCGCCGCCAGAAGGGCUAAGAACCUCAAGACGCUGGGGAUUUCCGGGAAAUUAGCCAAUAUUUUCGGGGCCAAGUUCCUGGAAAAACUGUAUCAUCUCGAGAAGUUGAAGCUGGUGAAUAGUAUACCAUAUGAGCCAACACCGGAGGAUCUGCAGCAUAGUCUGCCCCCACCAAACUGUUUCCCGCCAAAUCUGAAGAGGCUGACGUUGUCGAAUACCUUCCUCGGGUGGCACCACGCGUCCACGUUGGCAAUGAUCAACGGCCUCGAGGUCCUCAAGCUGAAAGACGAUGCAUUUUCCGGGGUGACCUGGAAAGCUGUUGGCUAUACCUUUCCCAGUCUCCAGCUCUUGCUCGUUGUCAACGCGGAUUUACUCAUCUGGGAGGUCGCCCCCGAUGCCUUCCCUUGUCUCAAGUACCUUGUUGUCAAGAAUUGUGAGAACCUCAACAAAAUUCCACAGAGCCUCGGAAAACGACUCCAGAGACUGGAAGUAGAGCGUCUUGGCGAUUCGGCCAUUGAGUCUGCCAGGGAGAUUGCAAAAUCAAAGAAGGGAGGCCAAAAAGGGAAAUUUGCGGUCGAUUUCGAUCUCGUAGUAGGUCCCGUUUCUGAGGCCCAUAAACCCACAUCUAAUUAGGUAUGUUAAAUGCUUGUUACUAUGAUCAUCAUACCUUCUGAACCAGACCACCGUUUCUCCACUUUGUUUUCUGUUUUCACUUCUUCUUUCCCGAGAGUGAUGCGUUUUUUUCGGUUGUAUUCCUGUGUAAGACUAAUUUUCGAACACAUAAGUAUGUUUUUCAGUCU